AUGGUAUUUCCAGAAAAUCCUGAAGCAAUGCAUAUCAUGGUUGCAAGUGCAACUGGUAUUGCUCCUUUUCGUAGCAACAUCCAACGAUUGUUCGUAGAUCCACAAGUACCAAAAGGUAAAUUCAAUGGUUUGGCCUGGUUGAUCAAUGGAGCCGACAACUAUAACACCCUCCUUUACAACAAGGAAUUCACUUGUAUCCUGAAGGACAAUAUUGACCAUUUCAGGUAUGAGACUGCCUUGAAUAACUCUGUGGCCGACCGCAUCUACGAGAACGGUGAUGAAAUUUUCACGCUUUUGGAUGAAGGUGCAUAUAUAUAUUUUGCUGGAUCAAAGACAAUGAUGCCUGGAAUUCUGGAGACAUUUCAGAAAAUGGCUAAGGAAAGAGGUGUGAUUUGGGAAGAGAUGUUAGCCCGGUUGAAGAAAAAUAAUCAAUGGCGUGUUGAAGUUUACUAGAUCAUAACUUCAACCCAAUGGUUUUAUGUUAAAUCAGCUGUGGCAAUGGUAUUGAGUAAUGUCUUUUAUUUAUCAUAGAUUAAUAAGUGCCACUUGCGUUUGUGUUUGUGUGUUUUGUGUC